AUGCCCUUCAGUGAACUUGUGCAUGGCAGCAAAGCCAAUCUCAACAUUGGAUCUUCAGGUGCCAAAACAAUCCAAAUGUCACUGAGCCUUGAAGAGAUCACCAGUCUUGUCAAGCAACAGCUCAGUGGCAGGAAGAAGGCAGGAAAGAUCUGCAUCACAGGCCCUGUUAGGAAAACCGUGCAGAAGACCAUGUUGGACUUGGUCAGAGUACACAAGGUUUGCAACCAGAAGCUAAUCCUCCCCAUGCCAUUAGCCGAUGGUGCACCUUCCUACAUCGAGAAUGAAGCCCUGCUGUAUAACUCACUCUAG